GCCUUUGCAUUAUGUUUUUGCGCCUUGCGACUAUAACAACGCGAGAUAACCUGUCGGGUAAAGGAAACAAAUCAACAUAUAUAAAAGCGCUUUUUUGAAAAGUAGACAAACUACAGAAUUGUGAUUAGUUAAUUGCAAGCCAAAUAUCUAGACGGUGUCCGGUGUGAAAGGUUCUGACCAACAACAAUAAAAAAUCAAGAAAAAAAAAUGGCAUCCGGCGGCUUGACAUGUGUCAAAUAUAUAACUUUCUUUUGCAAUCUGCUGUUUGCGCUCACGGGUCUACUGAUCCUGUUGGUGGGCGCAAUGGUGCAGCUGAACUAUGCUCAUUAUUCGAACUUUGUGAGUGAUCAUAUUUGGACGGCGCCCAUUAUACUGAUGGUUGUGGGCGCCGCUGUGGCAUUUAUCUGUUUCCUGGGCUGCUGUGGCGCAUUGAAGGAGAACAGCUGCAUGAUACUCAGCUUCGCCAUAUUGGCAGUUAUAAUAUUCCUUUUGGAAAUUGGUCUGGGAAUCGCUGGCUAUAUCAAGCACUCGGGCCUGCCGCAGCUAAUGGAAACACAAUUCAAUACGACCAUGAAGAACUAUAAGGAACGCGAUGACUAUCGCGAUGCCUGGACUUUGCUGCAAACCGAAUUGGAUUGCUGUGGCACAAAUGGGCCCAACGACUGGGAUCCCAUCUUUCCCAACAAGACUUUGCCCCCGGCCUGCUGCAAGGUGAUCAAUCUCAGCGAGGCCAAGGAGUGCACCACCUUGCAUGCCGUGCAGCAGGGCUGUCUGCAGAAGCUUUUACACAUACUCGACUCAAAGACUUUGAUACUGGCCGGCGUGGUGCUCGCUGUGGCAGGCAUACAGCUGCUCACCAUACUAUUUGCCUGCUGCUUGUAUCGUUCGUUUCGCCGCAGUUACGAUCACGUUUAGGCUGCGUAGCGAGGAUCCCAUCUAUCGAUUUUAAAAGCAGAAAGCAAGACAUCCCCUUAGUGUAGUCUGUAGUUUUGUCACACGCAUGCGAUAUAACUCGUUGCCGUCUCUCAAGAGAAUAUUAUAUAAUAAUUAUAAUACACAAACAAUAAGAAAACCACAAAUCACAACACAUUCUCAAUUCACAAAUUCAUAACUUUAAUUUUUGUCAAUCAAUGUUAGCCCAGCAUUCUAAGAUUUAGUUUUUUACUAUGCUUAUACAUAUAUAUACACAUAUAUUUGAAAACUUGUUAAUGUUAUUCCCAGCUCAGUUGCGCUGAGCUCUAUAUACAUAAGAUACUCCAACUUGUAUAUCUCAUAAAUAUCUACCUAUGUUUUAUUGUUUUCUUA